GGGAAGUCGCGAGCCCAGCCUAGGGCCUGACCCUAGGCGGACAGGUGACGCGUGCCCCGACCCCAGGCGGACGCUCCCGCCUUCGGAGCCUCGAUUUCCCGGGGCAUGUGAUGGGCAUCCAUUCUCCUCGGCCCCCCUAGGUUGUGUUCACGGUGAAGAGGCGGGCCUGACAGGGGAAUCUGGGCCUAAUCAGUGUUUUACCACGAGGAAGACUGGCUCUGGAACGCGUUCUUCUGGGACUCGUUUUUAGAGGAAAAACUACAUUACCCAGAAGGCUGUGCACGGGGGUGUCCGCGGCAGUAUCGGGGCCACUGAGUGACAGGACAGGGGCAUUUCCUGCGGCUCGUUGACAUGGGGGCGGGGCUUCCGGCCUCCUGGAGGCAUACGUCAUUUGUGUGCGACGAUUCCGUCCACGCCAGCUGUGGGGAGGGGUCGCUGUUCUGUGGCCGCUUCCAGUGCAGCUCAUCCAAAAAGGAGAAGGGGGGUUGCGACUCACCUCCGCGCAUUUGAACGGGCCGUGAGCCGCGCGGUGACCGGGGAGUGCGAAAGUCAGCCGAGGUCACCCCUCCCAGGACAGGGAAGAGGUGGCGGUCGGCCGAGCCCGCGGGACCCGUCUCUGUCCACGGGGUCCCAUGAUGGCGGCGGCGUGGAUGGACCCUGCGCAGGUAUCUGUGACCUUCGACGAUGUGGCCGUGACUUUUACCCAGGAGGAGUGGGGGCAGCUGGACCCGGCCCAGAGGACCCUGUACCAGGAGGUGAUGCUGGAAAACUGUGGACUUCUGGUGUCUCUGGGGUGUCCCGUCCCCAGACCGGAGCUCAUCUGCCAGCUGGAGCGCGGGCAGGAGCCGUGGACGGCGAAGAGAGGCCUCUCCCAGAACACCUGUCCAGGUGACAAAGGAAAACCCAAGGCCACAGUAUCUGCCAUUGGUGAGCCAGCCCUGUCUGAGGGCGCCCCCGUCCAGGAACAACUAAUACAAGGAAUUGCAGGAGACUCCCAGAAGCGCCAAACCAAGGAUCAGGAUGGGUCAUUGGAAAUGCAAGAAGGACAUUUGAGACCAGAGAUAGAUCCCCAGAAGGAGAAACUCCCUGGGAAAUCAAGCUCUGAAGAUGGCACCAUAGGGACAGCUGAUAAUGUGUGUUCAAGAAUUGUACAGGAGCCAGUCCCUCUGCGAGGUGCUGUCCAUGACCAUGACUCGUGUGGAUCAGGUAAAGAUCCCAUGAUUCAAGAAGAAGAAAAUAUCUUUAAAUGCAACGAAUGUGGGAAAAUUUUUAACAAGAAACGCCUCCUUGCUCGACACGAGAGAAUUCACUCUGGAGUGAAGCCCUAUGAAUGCACUGAGUGUGGGAAAACCUUUAGUAAAAGCACUUACCUCCUCCAGCACCACAUGGUCCACACCGGGGAGAAACCCUAUAAGUGCAUGGAGUGCGGGAAGGCCUUCAACCGCAAGUCACACCUUACACAGCACCAGCGGAUUCACAGCGGGGAGAAGCCUUAUAAGUGCAACGAGUGUGGAAAGGCCUUCACCCACCGCUCCACUUUUGUCUUGCAUAACAGGAGCCACACUGGAGAGAAACCCUUUGUGUGCAAAGAGUGUGGAAAAGCCUUCCGAGAUAGGCCAGGUUUCAUACGUCACUACAUAAUCCACAGUGGUGAGAAUCCCUACGAAUGCUUCGAGUGUGGCAAGGUCUUCAAACACAGGUCCUACCUCAUGUGGCACCAGCAGACUCACACUGGGGAGAAGCCCUACGAGUGCAGCGAGUGCGGGAAGGCCUUCUGUGAGAGCGCGGCCCUCAUUCACCACUACGUCAUCCACACGGGGGAGAAGCCCUUCGAGUGCCUGGAGUGCGGGAAGGCCUUCAACCACAGGUCCUACCUCAAGAGGCACCAGAGGAUCCACACCGGGGAGAAGCCCUAUGUGUGCACGGAGUGUGGAAAGGCCUUCACCCACUGCUCCACUUUCAUCUUGCACAAAAGGGCCCACACUGGAGAAAAACCUUUUGAGUGCAAAGAAUGUGGGAAAGCCUUUAGCAAUCGUGCAGACCUCAUCCGACACUUCAGCAUCCACACCGGGGAGAAGCCCUACGAGUGCAUGGAGUGCGGGAAGGCCUUCAACCGCCGCUCGGGGCUCACGAGGCACCAGCGGAUUCACAGUGGAGAGAAACCCUAUGAAUGUGUCGAGUGUGGGAAAACCUUCUGCUGGAGCACAAACCUUAUUCGACACUCCAUCAUCCACACCGGGGAGAAGCCCUAUGAAUGCAGCGAGUGUGGAAAGGCCUUCAGUCGUAGCUCCUCCCUCACUCAGCAUCAGAGGAUUCAUACCGGGAGACACCCCGUCAGGGGCAGCGCAGCAGAAGUGGGGAGACCCUUCACGAGCGGGCAGUCCUCGGUCAACCUCCAAGAGCUCCUGUUGGGGAAAGACUUUUUGAAUGUAGCCACUGAGGAAACCUCUUACUCAGAAUCUGAUCAUUCAUACCAAAGAGAAACCCCUCAGUUUUCUUCCCUGUGAGAAACCCUUCUGUUGCAGGAUAUCUGCUGUCAUCUAAUGAGUCAUACUGGAAAUUCAUCCAGCCUAGAGCCUUAUUCUACAACUGAGAACUCGUCCAGGGAGAGACCCAGCGGUUAUAUGCAUGUAGGAAACCCUUCAGCUGUAUCUUUUCCUUAAUUUACACUGCAGUGUUAUCUCAGGAAUUUUUUUUUCCUUUUUCUUUUUUUUAAGGAGACUUAGACAAUGAACUGCAAACACAUUUUCUUUCAGACUUCCUUGCCAAGCCUUUGGCACUUUGUCAUGGAUUCCUUAGUUUACUUGGCAGGAGGAGGGUUUUGUUGAGAGGGAAAGGACUUAGACUUUUUAUAUGUCUUGUAUAUACAUUCAUUGCUGUUCAGUGUCAAGAGAAUUAGUUGAGGGCAGGUUUGGAAACUUUCAUGAAUGUCUUCUCUGUUCUAAAACAUUGUCUCUGUUCAUAAGGAGCUUAAUUUUUGUGAGAAAUGUAAUGGCUAAAGCCAUCAAACACUUUUAUAUUUGAGGAGAUAAGAAUACACCUAUGAAUGGGCAGAUUUUAUUUUACCAGUUAAGACUGUUUAAGGCUUUGAUUUUUAAAAAACAAACAUUUUCUUCAUGUGGCUUUAAGGAGCUGAUACUCAGACAUUUUCUUGGUCCUGUACUAUUAGUUUACUUGAUUGCUGUAAUUAGGUGGUAAAUAUUUUAGUUGCAUAAAAUGAUCUCUCUUUAUUCUUCUUAUUUAAAACUGAUUUAGCACUCUCAUUACUCUGAAUUUUCACAUAAAGUUUUGGAGAAGCUUGUCUAUUUAUGAAAAAAAGUAUCAAAUUUUGAUAGAAAUUGAGUUAAAUUGUCAGAUUAGUUUGUUAAGAAUUGUCUUCUUUAUGGUGUUGUAUCUUCCAGUUUAUGAACAUGGUAUGUCUGUACACUUAUUUAAGUAUUGCUUGAUUUAUUUCAUCACUGUUUUAUAAAUUUCAAUAAUAGGUCCUGAAUGAUUUUUAUAAAGAUUAUAUCUAGGUGGUCUUUUUUCUUUAUGAUAAAUGGAUUGAUUUUUAACUUGAAGUUUCCACCCAAGUUUUGGUAGUAUACAGAAUUGUAAUUAAUUUUUAGAUGUCAGUUUGGUAUCCUACAAUCUUUCUGAACUGUAGGCAUUUAUUUGUUCUGAUAGACUGCUUGGGUUUUUUUACCUAGAAAUACCAUCUGCAAAUAGAGGUAGUUUUAUUUCUUCCUAACCAUCUGUCUACUUCAUUUUCUUUUCCUGGACUAGCUAGGGUUUCCAAUACAAUGUUGAAUACUAGUAGUAAGAAAGGCUAUCCUUGUCUGGUUUCUGAUAUUAGGGGGGAAACAUUCAGUAUUUUGUCAAGUAUGAUGUUAGUAUAAGGUUUUCUUCAUAGAAGUUUCUUAAUCAAGUUUAGAAAUUUUCCCGUAUUCCUAAUUUGCUGUGGGGUUUUUUUGUUGUUGUUAUUGUGAAUGGUGUUGAAUUUUGUCAUACGCUUUUUCUCUGCCAAUUGAUACAAUCAUAUGUUUUUUUCUUCAGCUUGUUGAUAUGAUGUAUUACAUUGAUUUGAGUUUUGAAUGUUGAAGCAGCUUUGUAUUCUUGAAACAAGUCCUA